GAACUACAACCGACUACCGAUUAUGUGCCAGAGCAUACUUUCUUGAAAACCAAAUCAUUUGGAGUCCGGCAAAGAGCAGACACCUCCCUCCCACCAUCUUUUCGGAUACGCAAUCCUCCACUCAAAGGGGAACAUCCAUCAAUGCUUAACCGUCCGGAACGCCCCAACACAAAUGGAAAG